AUGUCUGCCGUCAAGCCAUUCCAAAUAUCUGUUCCCGACUCUGAACUCGAGAAGCUGAAAACCAAGCUCUCACAGGCCUCAUUCCCACAAGAUGUCGAAUUCUCGGACUCCUGGGACUUUGGAGUGCCGCUCAAAGAUAUCAAGCGGCUGGCGAGCUACUGGCAGAACGCCUUUGACUGGCGCGCAGCAGAAGCCAGGCUGAACGCCGAGCUUCCACAAUUCACAACGACGAUUGUCAUCGACGAUAACUUUGGUGACAUCGAACUGCAUUUUGUACACCAGCGCUCUGAUCGGCCAGACAGCAUUCCGCUCCUGUUUUGUCACGGGUGGCCUGGGAGCUUUUUGGAAGUGAGCAAGAUCCUGCCGCUGCUGGUGAAACCGUCGAGUGCAGACCAACCAUCUUUCCACGUCGUCGCCCCUUCGCUGCCCAACUACGGAUUCUCGGAAAAGAUCACGCGGCCAGGCUUCGGCCCUGCCCAGUACGCUCAUGUCUGUCACAAGUUGAUGAUCCAGCUGGGCUACGACAAGUACGUGACCCAGGGCGGAGACUGGGGCUACUCCAUUACCCGCUCGAUGGGCAUCCACUACCCUCAGCACGUCCUCGCGUCCCACGUCAACUUUGUGAGCGUCACCACGCCGCCCAAGCUCACUGCCUCCCCGGCCCAGUACCUCAAGCACGCGGUCCUGCCCUACAGCAAGGCGGAGAAAGAGGGUCUGGAGCGUACGCAGUGGUUCAUGCAGCGUGGGUUUGGGUACAAUCACGAGCAGUCUACCCGCCCGCACACCAUCGGGAUGGCGCUGGCCGACUCGCCCAUCGCGCUGCUUGCGUGGAUCUACGAGAAGCUGCAUGACUGGACGGACGACUACCCGUGGACAGACGACGAGGUGCUGACAUGGAUCAGCAUUUACGCCUUCAGCACGGCGGGCCCUGACGCGAGUGUGCGCAUCUAUUAUGAGAACAGGAGGAACUUACCCGUCCAGGCGCGCAGUGGGUAUGUGCCUGGUGUUCUCCUUGGGCUGAGCUACUUUCCAAAGGACCUGGUAGUGCCGCCAAACACAUGGGGCCGCACGCUGGGACCGGUGGUCUUUGAGAAGAGGCAUGAGGAUGGGGGGCAUUUUGCUGCCUUUGAACGGCCUGAGAAAUUGGUCGAGGAUUUGAGGACCAUGUUUGGACAGGGCGGUGGCGCCAGCAGUGUGGUGAAGAAAAUCAAGAAUCAGGCAAGAAUGUGA